AUGCCGAGAGUAAACUCACUUAGAAAGGUCAGCAAAUUGAUCAAACAGAAGAAAACAACCCUACAUCCCAACAGUCGAAGGGCCAAACGGUUAGCAAGAGCCACCUUAAGGCAGGAAAAAAUUACCAGGCAGAAGAUAAAGCAUAAGUUAAAGAAAAGCAAUGAUUUAAUGGCAUUAUCGUUCAUUAAUGAGUGCAUAAACACAGAGCAGCUAUCAAGCAGAGACACGUUUACCGUUGACGAGAUAAAAGGAAUGUUACAAACCUUCAUCUGUAGAGAUGAUGACGAGUUGGAACAGCUCAAGAAGGAAAGAAGACACAACAGACCACCUACAAAGCGACAGGAGCUGCUUGAGUUGAAAAAAGAUGCAGAAGUCAAGCAUUUCGAAACUGGCUGGAAGCUCCCUGACCUCACAGACCCGAAAAAUGUGAAAAUUUUCAGGGGUUGGAAGGGAGACACCGGUGGAUUGAACUCGAUAAGACUAGUUGAAAUCAAAUCAAAAGAUUCGGAAACACCGACAGGAAGUGAUGUGAAAAUGGGUACCGAGUGA